UUCCCGAACUGCGGGAAGCUUGGCGGGCUGUCGCUGCAAGCCGGGAGUAGGCCGCAGAGGUCGCGAGUUCAGGCGUCCCGACUCUCGUGUGGCUGUCGCGAUGUUUUUCUCCCAGGCCGGGGCCCGGCCGCGGAGGUGGGAAGCCAGCCAGUCGGAACACAAGAAGUGGGUGGAAGUAUUUAAAGCAUGCGAUGAAGAAAACAAAGGCUAUCUAAGCAGAGAGGACUUUAAAGUUGCUGUUGUAAUGCUGUUUGGAUACAAGCCCUCCAAGAUAGAAGCUGAUUCUGUGAUGUCCUCAGUAGAUCCAAACACUUCCGGGAUAUUACUUAAGGAGUUUUUAGACAUUGUAAGGAAAAAGAAUGAAGCUCAACUAUAUCGGAAUGAAAUAAGACACAUCUUCACAGCUUUUGACAGGCACUAUCGUGGAUAUUUAACUCUGGAAGAUUUCAAAAAAGCAUUUAAGCAGGUGGCUCCCAAGUUAUCGGAAAGGAUUAUUCUCGAGGUAUUCAGGGAUGGCAGAUCGUUGGCAUGUGUGCUGUCACCGUCACCUCCUUAUACCCGUGGCCUACACUCUUCUGAUGAGACUCAGAAUUCUUCUUGGUGUAACACCCCAAGCCAGUUCACUAGCUUGUCACACACCAUGAGACUGACUUGCUCUCUGUCACAUUUGUACCAAACCUUUCCUACUGCUGUGCAUUGCAGGUGACCUUGCCUUCUGCUUCAUGGACAGGGUCAUGGCCUCUGCCUGGGUUUCCUCUUCACCUCCAGAGUUCUGUUUUCCUUCAAUUCUGUUUCUAGUUUUUUGCUUUUUUCCAGUUCCUCCCAUUUAUUCUUGUCUCAUCCCCUUCUCUUCUUCUUAGACCUUUCUCCAUCAGUCACUCCCUCUCCUGUUUAUAACUAACAUCCCUGCCUGCAGAUAAACUUCAGUCUCCGCAGCCUAGAAAGCUACUCCUCGUACCUAAGUUCCUCUAGGCCGCCUCCCUGUCCUUUUUCUAAGUGUUUAUUCUUGCCAGCUACUCAAGGCACUCAGCACUCUGCCUGGGACCCUGCCCUUGAUGCUCGCUCCUUCCCAGCUUUUGUGACACCGUGCCACCCCAGUGCCAGUGACGGCAGUUCCCAUUCAUUAAACACCUGCUAGUAUUACCUUGCUGAAUGGGUGCAGUGAUCUACACAUCAGCUGUUAUGCAUACCUAUUCUACAGGUAAAGCUGAGCACCUUUAUUGCUAAUCUCAAGCCAAACUGGACUUAGACUUCUCAAUCAUUUUAUCUUUUGGUUAAAGAAGAAAAGUCGUAGGAAAUUGACAAGUAAUCAACUUUUUUUUUUUUUUUUUAAUUUGAUGGCAGUCACGUUGCUGGUACUUGUUAAUGGACAGAUGUUUUUGCUACAUCUCAAAAUUGUAUUUUUUGAUUUAAGAAUACUGCUGUCUAAUAAUAAUAGAGUAGACAAAAUUUACAGUUAAAAUGUCUAAACACACUUAGCUUUAAGUAUCAUUCAAGAGUCAUGUUAAAGAACAUGUAUAGCAACAACAAUAAAAGUUAUAAAAUGCUUUUCUUAACCCAAGUCUUCUUACUGUUAAGGUUCCUGGUAAUCCAUUUAUGAUUUCAAAUGGAAAUCUUCUAUGCCUUGGAGACGGCAUAUCAAGGCUGGCAUCCAAGGAGAGGAGGGGACAGUAGAAGAGUCUUAUUCUUGUUUCCCUUUUUGCAGAAAUUUAACUGUCUUUGCGGGAGAGAGAAUAUUCAAUGGAUUAUGAGUGAAAGAAUGAAUGAGUAAAUAAAUGAGCAAAGGAAUAGAAUGAAGAUCAAAGUACACAUGUUGAAAUUGUGUGUUAAAUGGGGUAGGGCAGCUGCUGGUCCUUAAUUUUACCUGGGUCUGUUGCAAAUUAUCUUCUUUACUGGAUUUUCAAUUGCAGAUUUAGAGUCAGGCUUUAAAAAAUAGGAACUUGACUACCCAUUUGUGUAGAGAUUUAAACUGCUAUCAUCGUGAAAUUAUUACAGCAGUUUUAAACUCUUAGCAGAAAGCUUUUAACAGAACUCUGCUAUCAGAGUCAAAUUUAAUAAAUUGGAUGGAAGCUUCUUUUUCUUUCCCUCUUGUACAUUGUCUAGUAGAGAAGUUUCUGUUGGUGACCAAAUUUGUUAUAGUGUGGUGCCAUUUAUUCUGCCCGUUACAAACGUGUCAUGACAACAAGUGCUGGAUGUACUUUUCAAAGACAACUUGUAUCCACAAAUUGGUUGUUUUGGGGAAAAAAAUUGGACUUAGUUCUUCAGGAAUACAUAUUUUCACAAAUUGAUUCAUUGUACAGAAAUCAGAUUUGAACCCCAAUCUGUACACCAUCCAUUGCUAGAUGUGAUUCAAUUAAACAGGAGGGAAAGAUAAAUGGCAGUAAAUAUUCAUGUGUCACAUGGCAGCAUUCAUCUCUAAGUCAGGAAUCUUGAUAGAAAAAGCUCAAAUUUUUAAAAAUGUGAAAUUACCUCCUCAAUCAUUUUUAUUUCCAAUUAAAUUAAUGUCUUAUAUAGACACUGUAGACUCACAUAGUGUUCAAUACCAUUUAGUUUGCUAUCGCUCUCUUAGUUUCUAAUUUUCAUUGUAGUUCUUAGUCUUUGCUUUUUGAGUAUGAGUUUAUGGUAGAGUAAAUCAGAUUAGCCUUAGUGGGUAGAUUUAGUUUUCUUUAAUGACUUACUAAGCAAAAUGUACCUUCUUUUUAAGUGAAAAAGCCAAAGUGGAUUAUUUUUUAUUUGACUAACAAGGAAAGGCAUUUCUAAUUUUAUUUAGUGACUGAAAUAAAUUACUUUAACAUAAAUUAAAUGUGAAAUAUAUGUAUGAUCCUCUUUUAAUGAACAAAGCAGAUUGAGAGCCAAGCAGAUUUGUAGUUGAUCUCUUUAACCAGUUGGUGGUGCUAAAAACUCUGAUACGAAACUAAUUGGAAGGCGAGGAGGUUAACCUGGAGGCUUUCUUAAUAAAUGUUACUUUAUUAAUUUUUGAAAAAUCAGUGCCAAAAAUGUGUGCCCAAAUUACUGCAUCUUCUAAGCUUAGGAACCAAACCAAGUGUCUCUGACGGCAGAAUACAUUUCUAAUAAACUUCUGUAAAGAAGUCAUUGGCUCCCAUAAGUUUCACGUAUCGGAAAUUGCAUGGUUGUGUAACACUUGGCUCCAUCCUGGAAAUAGCCGUUAACCUGCUGACUGGGGAGUGGAAGUGCGGGACAUAACGUGGGCUAGCACAGUAGAUUUAAGAAAUAUUGUUUUAUAUUAUUACUACUUUUUUUUUUUUUUUUAACUAUUAAUGGGCUUUUCAGGGGCUAGGUGUGUUUGUUUAACUUUGUUUUUUAGUGCCCAAGAAGUCCAGUAGAGCAACAGUCUGUUGCUUCAAUGUGUCCUGAGAUGCAAUCAGAAGAGCACAGAGGUCUUGGAGUCAGGAACUCAAAGGUCUGAAUCUAUCAGUCAGAUCUAACCAAAGUUGUUACUUGUUCUAUUCUUGCUUGCGGGAUCUUAAUUCCCGACCAGGGAUUGAGCCCGGGUUCCAGAGGUGAAAGCACCGAGUCCUAACCGCUGGACCACCAGGGAA